AUGCCCCCAACCAUCGUCGUAGCCUUGACCUCUUUCUUUGCUCUGCUAGGAGCCGUGUACGUGGGGUGGUGGCAGCCCAUAUUCACCAAGCUCGGCGAUGGCAGAGAGGUUCGCCCUGUCGGAAACACAGGGGAUUGCACGACAGAGCCCGCGCUGAAGGCUUGCGAAAAAAUUGUGCUGCACCAGCCUUCAGGAUCCCUGUACCUCGCAUGCUCCACCCCGGAGAGCCGAACUCACUGGACACCCGCUGUUGGGAGACUCAACUCUACGGGCAUGUCGACCACCGAUUACGUGGCGGUAUAUGACCCAGAUACCAGCAAAAUCACCCGUUUGAACGUGGUUGGUUUCACCUCGGAACGCGGCCUAUCUCUUCACGGAAUGGAUGUCGUACCCUCCUCGUCGGACCCCAAGAAACUGUUUGUGUAUCUCGUCAACCACCGCGCUCCUCUCACGGGCGUAUCUGAGAAAGUCGGAGCCGAUUCCUCCGUCGAGAUCUUCUCUACCGUCCUCGGCAGCUCGACCAUGACACAUGUCAAGACUGUCGAGGAUCCAGCAAUUAUCACUCCCAACGAUGUUGUUGGGUACCCGGACGGCAAAAGGUUCUAUUUCACGAACGAUCAUGGCGCCAAGACUGGGAUUCUUCGGGAUGUUGAGAUCCUUGGUCUUAAGCGGACUUCGGUUGGUUACUGCGACACCGACUCCGGCUGCACCAUUGUCCGGUCCAGCAUGCACGCGAAUAAUGGUAUUGCUGGUGCUCGUAACAACGACACGCUGUACGUCGCCAACUCCAUCGCCGGAGGAAUUACAGUGUUGGAGACGCAAGCAGACCACUCAGUGGUUUUGGCCGACUUCAUUCCCACCGAAUACCCGAUUGACAAUGUCUCUGUCGACGAGGCUGGACAUGUAUGGGCGGCUGCAUUCCCGAAGGCACUCACUACAGCCCUUGUGCAUUUCAGCUUUCCCUCAUCCCCAGCCCCUUCAGCAGCGUACCGCGUGUCCUUGAACACUGGUACUAAUGCCUUCUACGGCGAAAAAUACAAAGUUGAUAGGGUCUUCGAAGAUGACGGUUCGCUUGCUUCAGGCAUCACAUCAGUUGUGCACGAUUCGCAACGCCAUCGACUAUUCUUAAGUGGGCUCGCUUCGCCGAGCCUCGUAAUUUGCAAGCUUUAG